GACUUAUUUGUACAGGUUCCCAGAAUCGAAAGUAAAAGAGAACGAAUACACGCUAUUUCGAGCCUUUAAGACUACAGGUUGCUUAAAAGAAGGGUAUUUUGCGCUUCCACAGAAGUAUUCAACACCAAACAAAGAAAAUGAAUGACACAGGAUCAGCUUCAUCUGAACUCAGGAUUGUUCUGCUGGGUAAGACUGGAUCAGGAAAGAGUUCAGCAGGAAACACCAUCCUGGGCAGAGAGUAUUUUAAGAAAGCUGUUUCACCAGAGUCAGUUACUGAAACCUGUGAGAGAGGAGAAGAAAUGAUUGGUGAUCGACUCAUCGCAGUCAUCGACACUCCAGGCCUGUUUGAAACGAGAAUGACAGAAGAAGAUUUAAAGUCGGAAAUAGUGAAUUGUGUAAACAUGUCUGUUCCUGGCCCCCAUGUGUUUCUUCUGGUCAUCAGAGUGGGGAGAUUCACAGAAGAAGAGAAGAAAACAGUCAAAUGGAUUCAGGAAAACUUUGGAGAAGAAGCUGGACAAUACACCAUCAUUCUGUUCACUAACGCUGAUGAACUAGAGGAGCUACCAUUAGAUAAUUAUAUCAGUGAAAGCAAUGAUCUGAAGGCUCUGGUUGAUGAUUGCAGUGGCAGAGUUCACUCAUUCAACAACAAGAACAUGAACAAUCGCUCUCAGGUCACUGAACUGUUGAGGAAGAUUGAGAAGAUGGUGGCUGACAAUGGAGGAGAGCACUACACUAAUGAGAUGUAUAAGGAAGCUCAGAGAAAAAAUCAAUUCUGGUCAGAGACACCUCGAAUUGUGCUGCUGGGUAAAACUAAAUCAGGAAAGACCAGUGCAAGAAACACCAUUGUGGGUCCUGAGAGUCUAAAUUUAACAUAUUCUGCCACUGAAACCUGUGAGCUAGAAGAGGUGCAUGUGGAUGGAAAGAGCGUGAAAAUAAUUGACACUCCAGAACUGAUUGAUAAAGAGAAGAUGAAGGAUGAAAUAGUUAAAUUUGUUUGCAUGUCUGCUCCUGGUCCUUAUGUGUUUCUGCUCGUCAUCAGACUGGAUGAAAGAUUCACAGAUGAAGAGAGGACAGCAGUGAAAUGGAUUCAGGAAAACUUUGGAGAAGAAGCUACUCGAUACACCAUCAUUCUGUUCACUCAUGCUGAUGCAGAGACACCAUUAGAUGAGUAUAUCAGAGAAUGCAAUGAUCUGCGGGCUUUGGUUAAUAAGUGCCAUGGCAGAUUUCACUCAUUCAACAAUACUGGAACAAGGAACCAAUGUCAGGUCUCAGAACUGAUGAAAAAGAUUGAGAAGAUGGUGGUGGACAGUGGACCAGAGAACUACACUGUUGAGAUGUUCAAAAAAGCUCAGAUGAAAUAUCAGUUCUGGUCAAAGAAACCUCGAAUUGUGCUGCUGGGUAAAACUAAAUCAGGAAAGACCAGUACAAGAAACACCAUUGUGGUUCAACAGAGUCUAGAGAGGGGACAUUUACCAGAUUCUGUUACUGUGACCUGUGAGCUAGAAGUAGAUGGAAAGAACAUGAUAAUAAUUGACACUCCAGGACUGACUGAUGCACCAGAAGAGACACUGAAUGAUGAAAUAAAUCGUCUCGUCUCGGCAUCUGCUCCUGGUCCUUAUGUGUUUCUGCUGGUCAUCAAACUAGACAGAAGAUACACAUAUGAAGAAAAAAACACAGUGAAAUGGAUUCAGAAGAACUUUGGAGAAGAAGCUACUCGACACACCAUCAUUCUGUUCACUCAUGAUGAUGUACUAAAGGGAACACCAUUAAAUCUGUAUAUCAGUGAAAGUCAAGAACUCCAAGCUAUUGUUAAUAAAUGUGGUGACAAAUUUCACUCCUUUAACAAUAAUAAUCUGAGCAACAAAAAUCAGGUCACCGAACUGCUGAAGAAGAUUGAGAUGAUGGUGGAGGAGAAUGAAUGGAGGUUCUACACUAGUGAGAUGCACAAUAUCGCUCAGAGAAAGCGUCAAGACAGAGCAAGUUUCUGGUCUAAGACACCAAGGAUUGUGCUGCUGGGUAAAACUAAAUCAGGAAAGACCAGUACAGCGAAAACCAUUGAGGGCCGAGAGAGUUUUACUGGAAAAUGGGAGAAACAAGAAGCAUCUGUAGCUGGAAUGAACAUGAAAAUAAUCAAAACUCCUGGAAUGAUUGAUGUACCUGAAAAUAAGAUAAAGGAUGAAAUAGAGAAGCUGGUCUUCAUGUGUGAUCCUGGUCCUCAUGUGUUUCUCCUGAUCAUCAAACUGGACACGGGAUUCACAGACGAGGAGAAUAACACUGAGAGAUGGAUUCGAAAGAACAUUGGAGAAGAUGCUUUACAUCACACCAUAAUUCUGUUCACUCACGCUGAUCAUCUGAGGGGGAAAACAUUAGAUGAGUAUAUCAGCGAGAGAAGAUUUCUUCAGUCACUGGUUAACAGCUGCGGUGGCAGAUAUCACUCAUUCAACAAUCAGGAUAGAGGUGAUCGCAAUCAGGUCAUAGAACUGCUGGAGAAGAUUGAAAACAUUGCAGAAAGAAACAGAUGGGUGCACUACACAAAUAAAGAGUUUGAAGAUAUUCUUAAGAAUCAAAUCCGUAAACUACGUAAUAUUGCAUUAGUAGCUGGGCCAGUAGGAACAGUAGGCAUAAUAGCAGGAGGAACAGCUCUGGUAGCAGCAGAGGCAGUCGCAGCACCAGCCGUAUUAAUCGGAGUAGGAAGUGCAGCUGUAAUUGGAGGAGCAGUAGUCGGAGGACUAGCAAUCCAUAAAAAAAUGGCUAAAAAAGAUUAGGAAACGUUUGCUAAUUUGCUCUGAAUGACUGCUGCAAUCAUCAAAGUGGUUAUGGAUGGAUGACACAUUAUUACUUAAUGUUUUAUAAUGCUUGUAAUAAAUAUUUCAUGUUUAAAUCUUC